AUGUCUUUCGUCCAAGCUCUCCGACGACAAGCACGACUCAACGCCUUCUGGGCACCCCGGAGAUGUCUCGCUAGCCAGAGCGCACCCGCCGCAGCGUUGGCAGCAUCCCCAGACUCGACCGGCGCGUCACCAAAAGCCAGCGGUGCCCCCAAAGCCUUUUCGGCAUGCCCGGAAAACAUGGUCAUGCAGGGCCUUAACUAUUUGAAGGGUCAGCCAGAAGUCGUCGCGCAGGCGGACGAUGCGUACCCGCCAUGGCUCUGGACAAUACUCGACAAGAAAGAGCUCCCCGACGAUGGACCUGGAGGCUUGGCCGAGAAGAAGCGGUUGCGUAAGGCGAACAGGCAGCGCAUACGGGAUCAGAACUUCAUGAAGACUCAGUGACGGGCUAGGGGCUCGCUUGGAUGGGAUUCGAAUUGCUACCACGUAUAUGUAUUGACACUGCUAAUCACUACUUCCACUGCUUUCACGUCACUGUCUACAAUCUGUGUCCCCAUCUACCUGUUGAGCUGGAAGCUAAGGAACGGUUGGCCGGAGUACGGACAGGAGAUCCG